AGACGUUUUUCACAUUGUGCUGAUGUAGGCUAAUCUAGUUCGUCUUUUGAGGAUACUGCUUUAAUAAAUUUACUUGUUCAUGCUGUUAAAUAAUUAACUUACUUUCCUAAGAAUACGUGAGACUGUUAUGAUAAUUCAUUUUUCUUGUGGAAAUUAAUUUGCAUAGUUGUUAAUUAAUUAAUAUGUAUUAACAGGUGUAAGAGUAGUUGCUUUUGACUAAUUCUUAACACUCACGUAACUUUCAACUAUGAAGCUAGACGACUGUGAGUGUACUUCUCCUGUUUAAUUUAUAGUGUGUUUUGACAGUCAGUCUGACUUAUCAUAUUGAUGAUUCCUGUAAACUGGCGUCCUUAGUGUACAGAAAAUUAGAAUAUAUUAUUACUAUCAGAGUCUAAUGUGAUGCUUUUUAUUUUCCACUUCCAGACAGACAGACGUAUUGUACAAUACAAGAAAAUGUCUUCUCAAAUCACUGCAAGCUAUGAAAAUGUUUCCAAGGUGGCAGAUCACAUCAAAAAGAUGAUUAAUAUUGAGCCGGAAAUCGGUAUCAUUUCUGGAAGUGGUCUUGGAGAGCUAGCUAAUGGGGUUCAAAAUCCAACAGUUAUCCCAUAUGCAGAUAUACCUGGAUUCCCGAAAUCGACUGUGCAAGGACACUCCGGAAACUUAGUUUUCGGAACUCUGAGUGGCCGGAAAGUGGUUGUGAUGCAGGGACGAUUCCAUAUGUAUGAAGGAUGGACGAAACAUGAAAUAGCCAUUCCUAUACGCGUCAUGAAGCUGUUGGGAGUGAAAACUCUGUUGGUGAGCAAUGCUGUUGGUGGUUUGAACAGAAGUCUUAAAGGUGGAGAUUUCGUUGUUCUGAAAGACCAUCUUUACUUUGCUGGUCUUGGAUUAAAUGGUGUUUUAGUUGGUGAAAAUGAAGACAAAUUUGGCCCUCGAUUUCCAGCUCUUUCGGAUGCCUACAACUCUGACCUGAGAAAGUUGGCCUUACAAAUAGCGAAAGAAGAAAAUUUUGAAGAACUUGUUCAUGAAGGUGUCUACGGAAUGAAUGGCGGUCCAUGUUAUGAAACACCUGCUGAGUGCAAAAUGAUGCUCAUGAUGGGUUGUGAUGUUGUUGGUAUGAGUACCGUCCCUGAAGUCAUAUUCGCUCGUCACUGUGGAAUAAAAGUACUUGCAAUCUCAUUAGUGACAAAUAUUAGUGUUUUGGACGUUGAAAGUAAAAUGGUUGCGAAUCAUGAAGAGGUCUUAGCAAUGUCGAACAAACGUGCCACUCUAUUACAGUCGUGGUUUGCCAAGAUUAUUGCCAGAUUACCAUCUGAAUGA